AUGAGUUCGACUUCGUCUGCAGGUGCGCAGGAGGCUCCGAACUUAAACUUAAGGGGAACACCUGAGCCGCCCUUAACAUCCACGGUAACUCGCCCACAAGCUUGCGAAAGAUGUUGGAAGAGGAAACAAAAAGUUAGGAUCCCGAUCCUAGUCAUCUGCCCGAUGAUAAGCUUGCUGAUACAUCUAAGUUACGUGUCGUCAUUGAAAAGACGGAUUGCCAAUCUGGAAGAACAAUCGCUUCAUCGAAAGCGGUCGCGUACGCACAACGGUCGCGCCGAAUCAUGUGAUGGCUCUUCUCCAAUGGAUGAUAGUCUUGCGACACCUCGUGAUGCUAUCUCGAUAACCUCAAGCCGUGCGCUCGACACUGUCAACAGUAACAGACAUGGCACCGAAGAUUCUUCUGUGAGAGCCACAAUGGGGGCAAUCGGCUUCUUAUCACGAAAUGCAAUGGCCGAGCCCCAAGAUAAUUCCGAUGAUCUACCCAGGAAGUUUUCAUUAGCAGAGGUGAUCUCAGGGGCCUUGGCUAUUGAUGGACGCGACCCAUCCAAAGCUAUGCCGGCACCUCAAACUCCUGAUAUGAACAGUCGCCUCAGUUCAGAGAGCCGGGAUCUAACGCUUGAGCAUGUCCGGAAAUUCCUGGAAUGGCCAAUCAUUAUGCCAUACAUCGACGAGGACAUGUUCCUCCGGCAAUGUGAGGGUGUUAUGGCAUGUAGAACUGAUUGCCAUGCCGCACAGAACACUCCGCCAUUACAUGUUUUCAAUCUCCACAUGGCUUGCGCUAUUGGGAUUUCGGUCUCUCCGACUUCUACACACCUUUCAUUACUUAGCGCAAGCCUUCACUCUGCCGCCCUCGGAGAACUUCCUUCCAUCAUGCGCACCGAAUCGGCCCUUGAGCACAUACACUGCAUGAUCAUGCUUACCAUCUACUCUCUUUAUAACUCCUCCGGUGGCUCUGCCUGGCAUCUAUUGGGUCUGGCUAUGAAGACCUGUAUCUCGCUCGGCCUGCACCGAGAGCCAAAUAUGAACUCUAGCAUAGGGUUAACUGAAGCUAACAGACGGCGAUGGUUGUUUUGGGCUGUGUACUCUUUUGACCGUCAAACCCCCCACUUCCCGGCACCCCCCUGUUUCUGGCACCCACAAAAACGCGAAAAUCCACCACAACGCAAUGCCCACCCCCAACCUCCUUUUAUCACAACAUUUUCAAUUCGAGUCCAAAUGGGCUCAUUUUUUGCACAUACCUUCUUCUAUAUCUAA